CAGGAACCAAUCGACCGGCUUCAGCGGCGAGGGCCUUUGUGCCCCUCGAAGUGACGGUGAACGAGCUCGUCAAAGUCGAGUCACCCAAGGACACUUGGAGAUGGGUGAGGCUGGCCUUGGUGGGCGAGAGGGGACACCGGAGCGGCGGGCGCCGGGUCAGGUGGUUCGCGCGAACCUGCGGCCGAAGGAUCACCUCAGUGGCGGCUGCAUCGCUUCGGACCGACAGGAGCAUCCGCUGGCUUUGCCUCGCAAGGCAGGCAGCGGAGUUGCGGGCACCGGUUCAGGAGGGCCCGUGCACCUGGUGGCCGGGCCAAACGGCUUGGUCCCAACUGGGCCAGAGGAGGUGAACAUGCCGCAAGAGGUGCCGCGUUCCCUGCCUGAGGGCUACAAACCCGUUUGGGGUUGAAAACUCUUGAAGAUCUUCGUGUCGCUGUGACUUGCUAAAGACUAGCAAGUUUCAGGGUUUUCCAUCUUGGGCUCCAGCAUUCCAUGGAUUGAAUUCGGUUCAAUGGAAUUCAUUGCAUUGAGUUCUUACAGGCCGAAACUUGAUGGCGUGGCCGAAACAUUCCGGCAUGAGGAUGUGGCGCUGCUUCGGAGGUGAACCUGGCCAAAAAGACAUGGUGUGGUCGAUCGCCGAUCUUCAAUGUAGAUUCUGCGAUGUUUCAUCCAGAAAAAAAAUUCACAUGUUUGAUCCUAAUUCGACAUGAUGCAAUGUUUCGUUUCUGUCUGUGGACUGAUGCGCAUUUCCAUACCAGUGGUCCAAGGAGAAGAGGACUGAGUUAGUUUGAUGUGCUGAUGUACUAGUAGGUGUUUGAUGAAAGCGUUUACAAUAUUUUACAAUUGUCCUUUUCUUUUCAACGGGGCUUAAAGUGCCAAACAUUUCCUGGAGUUGGGCCGGAGUUGGUUGAAAUACUGCAUGUAAGGUCUCUCCCACCUUCUCACUCUUGGUCUUUUCUCUAGAUAUUUGAGCCUUUGUGAUGCAUUUUGAGAGUUAUGUUAUGUUUAGAAUCUUUUCGUGUGUGGACCUCGUCCAAACCUUCAAAGCGAGAAACCAACUGCCUUUUAUCUAAAGCAGUUGGUUUUUCGCUUCGCUUAGUUGUUAACUUGCUUCGUGCCAUUGCCAUGGCCUACCAGUACCCUGCCACGACGG